AUGCCAGAUAUAUCGUCAGAUAAUACAAAAGUGACCCAACCACGCACGAAGACUUUCACUGGAUGUUGGACUUGUCGAGAUCGUCGAGUAAAGUGCGAUGAGGAACACCCUCACUGUCGGCGGUGCCGGCGGAAUGGCUGGGUAUGCAAGGGGUAUGAUUUGCGCCUAGGAUGGUCUCCAAUUCCCGGAGGGCGCUCUUAUCGACGCACAUUGCGAUCACCAGCACCAAACGUGGGCCAUGGGCUGUCAUCUGCCGCUGUGACGGCACUACUGGCUGAGUUAGAUGGAUGUUCGGGGGAAAGCUGUGCCAAACAACGAGGACCAUUCUCGGUGUUCUCCAUUUUUUCAAGUCCUAAGACUCAAGAUAUAGGCAGUGGUCUACUCAAACCGGAAGAUGCAUUUCCAAGGCAGCAUGCACAAGAUACACAUCCUACAUCGUCGGAAUUGAUUAAUUCACCAGUUGGCGACAGAUAUGGUCUGCUUUCGCCCAGACCAACAUGGGAUAGGUCGUCGCCUGCUGCCGCACCGUCCCCAUUUGAAAUCUACCAGGAAUCAUGCACAGCAUUAUCAGAGCCUAAUAUUCGGGUUGAUGAAAUCCCCAUCAACACAAUUGUCCAUGCCAUUCACCACGAAACUCCACAAAAUAGGAUCUCAGAACCAAGUGACUACGGCAGACCUGUAUCAAACAUUCACAGCGAUGGGACUAUCCUCUGGGAUUCCAUGAGUCCAUUGACUCUUCCAAGAGCAGAAAUAGAGUUAAUCCACUAUUGGGUUGUUUUCCUCAGUGGAAACAUGCUCCUAAUCGACACCCCGGACAAUCCCUGCCGGACAGUAUUCUUACCUCUAGCCCUGAAAGGCCUCGAAGCCCCGUCAACAGAGUCAAACAUUCAUCUCUCAAUUUUCCACGCCAUUUGUGCCUCUUCCGCCUUCAGUCUCUCCCACCUUCGCCACGAUUCGCGGUACCACUCCAUCGCCGUUCACCAUGACCAGCUGGCUCUGCAUCAUUUGCGAGGAAGCCUGCAGCGGGAUAGAUGCCUAGAUGAACCCACAUUAGCUGCAGUCCUCGCCUGCAUCACUGCUGAAGCUAUGUCGGGUCGCCGCAGCCGAUGGAGAGCACACGUGGCUGGAUGUCUUGGCCUCCUAGAGAACGAAGUCUAUGGUGACUGGAUUCAAAAUCCGACAGCUGCUAGAAUGAUCCAAAGUUACUUGGCUCUUUCGUCACUAUGCAGUCUUACUGUGCCAAAACGGCUCAUGACGCUCCUCAAUGGCCCCUCCAAUUCCCACCACUACCUAGAACAAUCUCAUGGAGUUACAACAUCACUGGUCCAAUUCCUCGCUCGAGUCACCGCACUUGUUGAGUCCAAGACACAGCUACCUAUUGAUGAACUAGACCGACUCGAACUCCAGCUUUACUUGAACUUUCCAUCCCCGUGCAACCCAGACGCCCCGGGUUCGAUCGUCGUCCAGCAUGCUCUCACCUCAUUUUACUAUGCGAUAAUCGUAUACUUCCGCCGUACCUUGCGUGGCGCAAGAUUGAGCGACGUACAGGACCUGGUCGAGAAAGCAAUCUGCGAGCUUGAGUCUGUCGAUGCACUCACGCGUGAAAAGGGUGGCCAUUCGUAUAACUGGGCAGGUUUCGUGAUUGCGGCUGACUGCGAGCGGCCUGAUCUGCGAGAUCGCAUGUUAACAUUCUUUGCCGGCAAAAGUCGACGCGGGAUCCAGAAUAUUAACGUAUUAUGCGAAGUCGUUCAAGCCCUGUGGAACCGGCGGGCGGAAGCUGGAUCGCACGUCGAUAUACAGUGGCAGGAUAUUGCAAGGGAAGCUGAUUUUGAUAUCAUGCUUGUUUGA